AUGUCUGACCAGUACGGUGGCCAUCAGUACAAUCAGUAUGGGGCACCGCCACAUGGCAAUAACCAGUAUGGUGGAUAUGGAGGUCAGCCAGGGAACUAUCCUGCACAAAACCAAUAUGGGCAGCCUCCGCAGCAGGGCUACUAUCAAUCUACACCCGCUUACGAUCAGCAACCUCAUACCCAGCAUUCCUCGUAUGGCCAGCAGCAGAACUAUCCCCCACCCUACAGCGCCGGCCCCCAACAAGGCGGAUAUCCUGGCGACUAUGGCCACGGGCAAGGCUCAUACAUGAACCCACCACAAGAUGGUGGCCACUCUCCCUACCCCCAGCAGCAAUAUCAACAGGGUGCGAGUGCUUCGUAUUACGGCGCUAGCUCGCAGUCGGGAUACGCUUCUCACCCAGGACAGGCCCCCGGCCUGGCGGGACAGGAAGGUGAGAGAGGGCUUGGUUCGACAAUUCUUGGCGCUACCGGGGGUGGUUUCGUUGGCCAUAAACUUGGGGGCGGGGUACUGGGUACGGCAGGGGGUGCAUUGGUUGGAGCUGUAGGCGCAAAUCUAGCCAACAAAGCCCACAAGAAGCACAAGAAAGAGAAAAAGCACAAGAAGGAUAAGAAACAUCACAAGCGCAAGUCCAGUUCCAGUUCAUCGAGCUCGAGCUCGAGUUCAAGCUCCAGUGAUUAG